AUGCUUCCCAAUCACCUCUGGCCAAUCCUCUUCUUUGUCUGUCUCCUCAUAUCCAUCGCCAUCCUCGCUUGUCUCACAUUUACAGUCUUCAGCAUCAUCCUAGACCGCCGUAACUCCACUCGAGAGGAUUCUCCCGCUGAAAGAUAUUACACCUUUGAAGGAUCUGUCAACGGGGCAUUUGAAGAUGAUGUACCGAGGAGGGCCGCUGGAAUGUUUGGCAUUCCGCAGAAAUUCCUAAAACAAAGGGGCAAUGUUCCGGCUACAAGCACGAGAAGAGACUCUCGCCACAACCAACCUGCUGGAAGUUCCCACGAUCAUAGGAGACGAGCGUCGAAACCUUUAAGGACGCCAGCGCGAAGAGCUAUGUUCAAUACGCAGCAUGGUGGUACUUUGCACGCCGAGGGCGUUCCAGAACAUGGGAGUUUUACCCCGAGAACGCUUUCGGUAGCGGGGAGCCAAGGAGGAGAUUAUGGAGAUGAUAUAACAUCUGUCGCGUCGAGUUUGGUUGCGCACGCACCAUCUGUGUAA